UUUGACACUUUUAGGUUCACGUUAAGAAAUUCGUGGCCAGCCGAGCAGCUAGCAAGGUUCAUCCUUUCUUUUUCUGUUCCGAAGCUAGGAAAAUCGACAACAAGGACAUUAAUUGCAGGGACAGAGAAAAAGUGAUGGAGAACGGUCGUGCAAAUAUGAAACCAGUCACUGGUAUAUCACAAGUGACGUGCACGGCUCCUGUGAAUAUCGCAGUCAUCAAGUACUGGGGGAAAAGGGACGAACAGCUCGUCCUUCCCAUCAACCCCUCCCUCAGCGUCACUCUCUCUCAGGACCAGCUGUGCGCUCGCACGACGGUGGCCGCCAGCGCCGACUUCAAGCGGGACCGCGUCUGGCUCAACGGGCAGGAGCAGUCCGUGGAUGCGCCCAGGCUGCAGAAGUGUCUCGGAGAGAUCCGACGGCUAGCACGGAAGCGGAAACACAAGGAUGAGCGGGCAGGCGACUUGCUCGGGUCCUGUGUCCACGUCUGCUCGGAGAACAACUUCCCGACCGCGGCGGGGCUGGCCUCGUCAGCGGCGGGUUACGCCUGCCUGGUGCAGUCCCUCGCCAAGCUUUUCCACAUAGACGGGGACGUGUCGCACAUCGCCAGGCAGGGUUCGGGCAGCGCCUGCCGCAGCAUGUACGGCGGGUUCGUGGAGUGGACCAUGGGAAGGCUGGAGGACGGGGCGGACAGCGUGGCGAAACAGGUCGCCCCCGCCGAGCACUGGCCGGAGCUGCGGGUGCUGGUGGCCGUGGUGAACGCCGGGAAGAAGGCCGUGGGCAGCACCGAGGGGAUGCAGACGACCGUUAAGACGAGCGCCCUGGUGAAGUACCGGGCGGAGCACGUGGUGCCGUCGCGGCAAGAGGACAUGAGGCAGGCCAUCCUGGAGAGAGACUUCCAGACGUUCGGGGAGAUCACCAUGAAGGACAGCAACCAGUUCCACGCCACCUGUCUGGACACCUACCCGCCCAUAUUCUACCUCAACGAGACGUCCAAGCACAUCAUUCACCUCGUGCACAGGUACAACCGGCACCACGGGAAAAUCAAGGCCGCGUACACGUUCGACGCCGGGCCCAACGCCGUGCUCUACCUCCUCCAGGAUGACGUGCCGGAGGUGUUGGCUCUACUUCGCCACUUCUUCCCUCCUAGUUCCACAAACAACUCUGAACGCGAGUUUGUCCAAGGCCUGCCGGAUGCGAACAGGAAGGAUUUGCCGGCAGAAUUGCUGAACUCGGUUGGUUUAGAGCCUUCUCCAGGCUCGGUACAGUACAUCAUCCACACCAGGGCAGGACAGGGUCCGCAAGUACUGACAGAUCCACAACAAGCCCUGCUAGAUGAGAAAGGAUGGCCGAAGAAACAAAACUGAUCUGUUUUUCACCAUUCUCGUCAAGCCUGCUGCCUGUGUAUAUGUCAAGUGAUGUAUAGCAUACCGGACUAACAUACCACCAUCCUUUUCUCCUUAGUGCUGGCCAGCUGUCAACAACCAAUCACAUGGCUUCCUACAGUCAUGAGGCAACGUAGAGGCUGGUAACUUUUCCUCCAACCACUGGAGAGAGAGUAUCUGAUUGGCUGACGACUGGCCAUGGCUCAUGUAGCGAGAACGAAUUGAAAACCGAUAUACCAGGGUCAUUGCUUGACAUGGACAAAUGGUGGGCCUGGCAUGAGAGGAUAUUUUUCAUACGUACAAAGCUAGAACAUUCAGAAAAUCAUACAUGAUAUGUCUCUCUACUAUUUCUAAUUACUAGUAAUUAUUUGUAGGUUUUUCAAACAAAAUGUUUUGUAUACCACUGAUCAGUAUGUCUGAAAAGCUAGAUUUUUAUCUGCAACAGUGCAAAAAAGAUCUACACAUUGAUGAUCAAUUUAGAGGUGAAAGUAAUCAGUGUCAUUGUAGAGACUUGUCCAAAUGAUCAACUCUCCUCCAAUUCGCUUGUUAUUUUCUUGGACCGGUAAGCCUCAAAACAUGUGAACACCUGCCACCGGUAUUGUCUGUUUAUUUUCUGUUCAGUGGAAAAUCUGGUCCACCGAUAUUUUUCAGUCUAACAAGAAAAAAAACGGUUUUGUACCAGUACGGUGUAACGUUACCCACCCCUAGUUACAACUGUAAAUACCAGACAUCUGUGCAACAUAAGUCCAAUCAUCAUUUGACAUCCCUUCAUUCCCAUUGAAGGGAUGUCAAUUGUGCAAAUCAGGACAUGAUUGCUACAACCAUUGAGAAAAUGCUACAAUACCUUAAUGGUAAACAAUGGAAGCUUCGUAAUUGUGACACGUGUAGGUUAGAUAAACUAGUGUAGGUAAACGUGUAGGUAAACUGUAAAGGUGAAUACAUGAGUCAAUUGUGCAGUACUGGGGUAAGAACACUUUGUUAGAGCUGGAAAUAUGUUUAUAGGAAAAAUGGAAAACAUCUACCAAAAAUUACAAUGGGACUUUGUGUAUACAUCUACAAGUACAAGUAGUCCUUUAAUAUCACAGAAGUCGCAUUAUUUUUGGUAUUGACAAAUAAACCUCUAAUGUAUUAAGCUUUCCCCAGUUUUAUUUAUUGACGCAGUACUUGUCCUUAACGCUUCUGAGAUUUGAAGUCUUUAGAACCUUAGUAAUUGUAAUAAGUAUAAACACACACUACGUGUAUGUCAAUGCAACCCCCAAUAGUGUGAGAACACAGAAAGCAUUCGUCCAAAGAGCCAUCCGACUGUGGAAUUCUCUUCCACCUGACACACGUAAUGCAGCUUCUCUGUCUUCAUUCAUGGCAUGGAUCUCCCUUGGGGACCCGUUCUCUGUAUAACACCAACAGUGUCAGUAUUUACCAUGUCAUGUGUUAUAGCGUGUACAUACUUUGUAAUAUACUAUGUGAACUUUUGUUGUAUUAUAGUACCUAAGUAAUGUUAGCAAUUGCUCUAUGUAAUAACAUUGUAUUUCUCUCCCUAGGUUCGCCCUUAACAAUAGCCAAAAGUAACUAGUGUAGUUGGGUAACCUUGGAUGAUAGUACAGCCAAACGAAUAAGUAAUGACCCAUUUAUCAUCAUGUCAUAUGAUACAAACAUUACUCUCAUGGUGCCUCCUGGGAAUGCACGAGUUGGUAAAGGAAUAUUACAGCCGUAUUUAUCCGUUCGGCUGACAUUACAACUAGCCGUGGGCUAUCACAAAGGGCUGGCCUUGGGAGAGAAUACAAAUACAUCAAAUAACAUAUUUAUCAUGUAAUAGUGCAUAAAAUCUACGCAAAGUAUAAUAACAGAUAUAUAUACAUACUGUUAUUGACUGUUGACCUAAACAUUUCAUGGCGUCUUAAGUAUACCUCUAUUAGUUUUUACACAGAAAACGGGUCCCCAAGCGAGAUCCAGACUUUUGUUUUGAAUACAGAGAAGAAUCUACGUGCGUUGGGUGGACGUGAGUGCCACAGUUGUAUGGCUCUGUGGAAGAAAGGCUUUCUGUGUUCUGAUACUUUUGGGGGUUUGAAUUAACGGAUUAUUAGCAUUUCUGAGACAAUACCCUGAUUCAAUGGCAAUUGUCCUGGUCGUUCUGAAUGCUACGUAGCUGGUGUGGGCAAUGUUCGUUCAGCAGUUUGAAAAGAGCAGUCAGUGUGUGAAACUUACGGUGGAAGCUGAGCGAUGGAAGACCCAACUGGAUGUAGAUUGUACGGUAGGGAUAAGGAAGUUCAGGGUGCCCGCCUUUCAUUCUACCCACCCGAUACUGAACGGAUUCAACCAGUUUCUCGUCCCGUUUAGUGAGGCCAGACCAAACGAUAUCUGCGUACACAGGUAUGGUGAGGCGUUUAAUAUGCAGCUGUAGUAUAAACGGUGUUGUUGUGCGUACAUUAGGUUUCGUGACAUGUUACCCAAACUGGAUGACGCAGUUGUCAUUGUAACGGGAUGUUACCUCAAUAAAAAUAGAGAUAUUGUG